AGAUAUACUGACCAUAAGGCGAUGGAAGGGCUGAUUGGGAUCCGUUUCGAUGGCUUCUGUCUGAUGGCUUCGGACCGAUUGAGCGCUCACUCGAUAAUAGUGGUGAAGAACGACGAGAAGAAGUUGUAUGAACUGAGCGACCAUUUGCUGCUCGGAGUGAACGGCGAGAGCGGAGACACGAAUCAAUUCGCGGAGUUUAUUGAGAAGAAUAUUAAGUUGUAUUCAAUGAGGAAUGGCUUCGAGUUGUCGCCCAAAUCGGCCAAUACUUUCAUUCAACGCAAUUUAGCCGAUUAUCUUCGGUCGCGGACCCCAUAUAUGGUGAACCUAUUGCUGGCCGGAUAUGACACGAUCGCCGAUAAGCCGGAACUCUAUUUCAUGGACUACUUGGCCACCAAUUGCACGGUUCCGUACGCUAUGCACGGCUACGGCUCGUUCUUCGGCACAUCAGUGCUCGACAGGUAUUAUAAGAGCGACUCAACACAAGAGGAAGCGAUCGAAUUGCUUAAGAAAGUGGUCCACGAGAUC